GGUCCGGGUCCCAGCAGCCUGGCGGGACUCCACCUGCUCCGGUCUUCCGGAGCGGCAGCAGCGUGAAGCGGAGGCCGGCUGAAGACGCUUCCCCCCCCGCGGCGGGACUCAGAGCGGACCGAGGAGAUCAGCAGACAGCUGGACAGACGGCCUGGUGUGUGUGUGUGUGUGUGUGUGAGAGAGAGAGAGAGAGUGUGUGUGGACGUCACGAUGACUGCCCUGCUCAGCCUCCUCCUGCUGGUUGGGGGUGCGUGGGCCCAGGAGCUCCCGUCCAGCCCCCACGGCUGCACCGAGGGCAGCUGUUACCCCGCCACCGGGAACCUCCUCAUCGGACGGGCCGUCAACCUGAGCGCCAGCUCCACCUGCGGCCUGCACGGACCGGAGCAGUACUGCAUCGUCAGCCACCUUCAGGAGUCGGACAAGUGUUUCGAGUGCAACUCCCACCGUCCGUACGACCCGCGCCACCACCGGAACAGCCACCGCAUCGACAACGUCAUCUACCUGACGGACCGCGGCGGGGACGGCACGUGGUGGCAGUCCGUCAACGGGCAGGAGAACGUCAGCAUCAGACUGAACCUGGAGGCCGAAUUCCACUUCACACACCUCAUCAUGAAGUUCAAGACCUUCCGACCGGCAGCCAUGAUAAUCGAGCGCUCGGCGGAUUUCGGCCGGUCGUGGCGACCCUACCGUUACUUUGCCUCCAACUGUACCCGGACGUUCCCGACCAUCCCGGCGCACGGCCUGCGCCACAUCAACGACAUCGUCUGCGAGGAGCGCUACUCCGACAUCGAGCCCUCCACGAACGGGGAGGUAAUCUAUAAAGUCCUGGAUCCUGCCAUUCCUGUGAAGGACCCGUACAGUCUGGAUAUUCAAGAGCUCCUGCGGAUCACCAACCUGCGCAUUAACUUCACCAAGCUGAACACUCUGGGAGACGACCUCCUGGAUCGGCGCUCCGACGUCCUGCAGAAGUAUUACUACGCCAUCUACGAGCUGGUGGUGCGAGGCAGCUGCUUCUGCUACGGACACGCCUCCGAGUGCGCCCCGGUGCCGGGGGUCAGCGCCCGGGAGGCCGGCAUGAUCCACGGCCGCUGCGUGUGCAAGCACAACACCGAGGGCCUGAACUGCGAGCGCUGCCGAGACUUCCACAGCGACCUGCCCUGGAGGCCGGCCGAGGCGGAGAACCCCCACUCCUGCAGAGAGUGCCGCUGCAACGGCCACUCCUCGCAGUGUCACUUCGACAUGGCGGUGUACUUGGCCACGGGAAACGUGAGCGGUGGCGUCUGUGACGGCUGUCUGCACAACACCAUGGGACGCAACUGCGAGAUGUGCAAACCGUUCUACUACCAGGACCCCAACCGGGACGUCCGGGACCCGCAGGUCUGUGUGGCCUGUGACUGCGACCCGGUGGGGUCCCUGGAGGGCGGAGUGUGUGACAGCCACACGGACCUGGACAUGGGGAUGAUCUCCGGGCAGUGCCGCUGUAAAGCGCACGUGAAGGGCCUGCGCUGCGACGACUGCAAGGAGGGCUACUACGGCCUGAGCCACGACGACCCGCUCGGCUGCCAGCCAUGCAACUGCGACCCUCGUGGCAUCAUCAUGAUGGGAGCGCCGUGCGACCAGAUCAGCGGGGACUGCUCCUGCAAGCGAUACGUGACCGGCCGCUACUGCAACCAGUGUCUGCCCGAGUACUGGGGCCUCAGUAACGACCUGGUCGGCUGCAGGCCGUGCGACUGCGACUUCGGAGGAGCCUUCAACAACAGGUGCAUGAUGGACAACGGGCAGUGCAGCUGCAGGAGGCACCUGAUUGGCCGACAGUGCUCGGACGUGCAGCCGGGGUAUUUCUGUGCGGCGCUGGACCACUACAGAUACGAGGCUGAGGAGGCGGCGGGACACUCGCCCAGCGACCCUGCUCUGCCGGGCAGCGUUCGUCCUCAAGCCACCAACGACUGUGUUCAGCACCUCAGCAACCAGCUCCGGCGGCACCGGCGGCACCGGCGCAUCACCAGCCUGCAGCAGCACCAGGCGGCGCUGAGGCGAAUCCGCCAGCUCCAGCAGACGCCGGACGUGCGGACCGUCCACAGGGAACACACUCCCAGCCACAUGGUCACCUGGACCGGCCCCGGGUUUGCUCGCGUCAAAGACGGCGCCGGCCUGGUGUUCACCGUCGACAACAUCCCCUACGCCAUGGAGUACGACAUCAUGAUCCGCUACGAGCCCGAGUCCACAGAGAACUGGGAGGCGGUGGUCAGCAUCACCUCCGUCAUGCUGCCGUCCAGCCUGCGCUGCGGGAACCUGCUGCCCACCGAGCAGCUCUACACCGUCACGCUGCAGCACCACAACAGGUACAUCCAGAUGCCCAGGCCGUUCUGCUUCGAGCCCAGUAACCGCUACGUGGUUUCCAUCCGGUUCCAGCGUCACGGAGUCUCGCACAGACACCUGACUGCCUUCAUUCUCAUCGACUCGCUGGUGCUGAUUCCCAAAUACACCGAGCUUCCCGGUCUCCAUGGCGGCGACCCGGAGGCGGAGCAGCGGCGGGAGGAGAUGAUUCGCUACAUGUGUCUGGACUCCUUCAUGAUCACUCCGAUGCCGCCCCUGGCGGAGAUGUGCUCCAAACUCAUCUGCAGUAUCUCCGCCAUCAUCCACGACGGAGCGCUGCCCUGUCAGUGUGACCCUCAGGGGUCUCUCAGUGGGGAGUGUGACAGGGUCGGAGGUCAGUGCCAGUGUAAGGCUAACGUGAUUGGUCGGCGCUGUGACCAGUGUGCUCCGGGGACGUACGGCUUCGGAGCCAACGGCUGCACAGCCUGUGCCUGCCACCCCGAGGGGUCCCUGAGCCACCAGUGCGACCCGGCGGUGGGCCAGUGCCCCUGCAGGCCCGGGGCCACGGGCCGCCAGUGCUCCGACUGCCAGCCGGGCCAGUGGGGCUUCCCCAGCUGCACCCCCUGCCAGUGUAACGGCCACGCCGACCUGUGCGACCCGCGCUCCGGCGAGUGCAGGGACUGCCGGGACUACACGGCGGGACACCUGUGUGAGCGCUGUGUGGACGGCUUCUUCGGAAACCCGGUGCUGGGCUUCGGGGAGCACUGCCGGCCCUGCCCCUGCCCCGGGAACCCCGGCUCGGACCACUUCAACGGGGACUCCUGCCACGCCGACCACACCACCAAUCAGAUCGUCUGCAGCUGCAGACCGGGCUACACCGGUUCCCGCUGCAACCAGUGCGCCCCCGGUUACUAUGGCAACCCCGAGCAGCCCGGUGGGCAGUGCCUCCCGUGCAAGUGUAACGGCAACAUCGACACCCAAGAUCCGGGGUCGUGCGACCCCAGGACCGGCCAGUGCCUCAAGUGCCUGUACUACACCGACGGCCCGGACUGUGCACACUGCCAGCUGGGUUACUACGGCAACGCCUUGGCCCACGACUGCAGACGCUGCACCUGCGUGACGGCCGGCACCCUGCCGUCGGCGUGCAGCGACGGGCGGUGCCACUGCGACCGCCUCAGCGGGGCGUGUCCCUGCAGGUCCAACGUGACCGGACACAACUGCGACCAGUGCGCCUCCAACCACUGGAACUACGGUCAGGACGGAGGCUGCCAGCCCUGUGACUGCCACCCCCAGCACUCCCUGGGAGCCCACUGCAACAUGUUCACAGGCAACUGCCACUGCCGGCCGGGCUUCGGAGGGAAACACUGCACCGAGUGCGAGCAGUUCCACUGGGGAGACCCGUCGGACCAGUGCCAGGAGUGUAACUGCCACCGUCUGGGCUCAGAGAUGGCUCAGUGCGACCGCUCCACGGGGCAGUGCGAGUGCCGGCAGGGCGCCGCCGGGAGCCGCUGCGACCAGUGCGCCCGCGGCUUCAGCGGCCAGUUCCCCCAGUGCGUGCAGUGUCACCCCUGCUUCCAGCUGUGGGACGACGCCGUGUGCCAGAUCAAGCGGGACCUGGAGCACAUCCAGUACACGGUGCAGAAGAUCCUGGAGAACGGCGUGACGCCGGGGGCCGGGGACGCGCGCAUCCGGGAGCUGGAGAGGAAGCUGAAGCAGGUCCAGGAUCUGAUCGGCUCGGACGACAGUGAGAAGACCCACCAGCUGAUCGGGCAGAGCAUCGACGACCUGAGGGCCGAGAUCGCGCUGACCGACGGGCGCCUCAUGGCCAUCGGCCGAGAGCUGAAUGCAACGGGAGAGGAGGACAGGCUGCUGAAAGACUUGCUCAGCGAGCUGGAGAAACAGCUGACUGACGUCAACAACACGGUGGCCCUCAAGAAGGAGCAGCUGGAGGAUUACCUGACGUCAGGGUUCACAGAUCAGUUCAAGAAGGUGGAGAAGUACCACCGGGAGUCGAAGCAGGCCGAGCAGAGGUGCAACGCCUCGGUGUCGGGGAGCCUCAGCCCGGUGGGGCGGUCCAAAGAGACCCGGGCGCUGACCGAAGCGCUGCUGGACGGCAGCAGGGACAAGUUCCUGCGCGCUCUGGCCGCUCAGAACAAGUCGCUGAGCGAGCUGCAGGAGAAGGUCCGGGACCUGGAGAAGGUCUCUGGUCUCAGUGACAAGGUCUGCGGGGGUCACGGCAGUGCCGGUGUCAACGGCAGCUGCCCCGACAGCCGAUGCGGCGGUGCCGGUUGCCGUGACGACCAAGGUAACCGCGUGUGCGGAGGUGAGGGAUGCAACGGGACGGUGAGCGCCUCGCGGGCGGCGCUGAACGCUGCCCGGAACGUGACGGACAGCCUGAACUCAGCUCGCCAGGAGCUCCAGGACGCCUCCAGAAAGCUCCAGAACAUCGCGCUCCUGACCCAGGACGUGAAGAACCAGGCCACGAGUGCUUUGGAGAAGGCCCAGAAGAAGAUGGACUACUUCCAGGACAACAACAAGCAGCUGAAAGACCUGAUCAAGAAAGUGAAGGACUUCCUCACCGAGGAGGGAGCCGACCCGGAGAGCAUCGAGCGGGUGGCCACCCACGUCCUGUCCAUCCAGCUGCCCCUCAACAGGACCACUCUGGACAGCAUGAUCGCUCAGAUCCAGGACAGUCUGUCCAACCUGACCGGCGUCAACCACAUCGUCAACCAGACCUCGCAGCACAUCAGCCAGGCCAAGGAGCUGCUGGACAAGGCCAAAGACGCCAAGAGCCGAGCGGAGGGGGUGAAGGACGCCGCCAGGAACACCCGGCGGGCGCUGGACGGAGCUGAGAAGGCCAUCGAGAAAGCCCGGGCGGUCCUGAACGAGGCGCACAGCAACCUGAACCGCACCAGGAACGCCACGGCCAUGGUGGAGGACAGGCUCCUGCAGCUGGAGGACAAUCAGAUGGACGUCAUGAUGCGUUUGAUGAACCUCUCGGCGGGAGUGGAAGCUCUGAGGAACAAGGCGGAGCAGAACAGACAGAUGGCGAAGGACGCCACGGCGCUGGCGAACAACGCCACGGCGCUGGCGUCCUCGGUGGGACAGGGCCUGAACAACACGAGAGGAGGUACAGGGACCUGAAGCAGAAGAUGGACCGCCCUGGGCGGGGCGUCCGGAGGGACGGGCAACGUCAACCAGAAGGCCCGAGACAUGAAGAAGGAGGCGGAGGAGCUGCUGAACAAGGCCAAGAGCGGCAUCAAGCAGCUGGACAAGCUGGAGAAGAAGUUCCGGAACAACGAGCAGCGGAUGGAGAAGCAGCUCCUGGAGCUGGACGAGCUGCGGAAGAACGCCACCGUGGCGCGGGACGAGAUCCGCGACCAGGUGCAGAAGUACAGCAACUGUCUGUGACCAGCAGGGGGCGGGGGAGGGACUGGAGACCCAGACCACGAAGACCUGGUCCCCUGAGUGGACUGACGGAAACAUCGCUGGACAGAGAGGCCGAUGGCCGACCAACACACUGGAGAAAUGGGUCACAUGAUCUUCUCAAGGACAUUGUGUUUUUAGUAUCUUCAAUAAUGCGACGUUCCCUUUGAGACAUAAGUGGAAACCUGAGAUUUUCUUAUUCAACUUUGUGUUUGUUGUUAUAAUGAAAGAACACAAACUCAGUAUUGUUAAAAUGUAUCCUGACAUGAUGGAGGGGAAUAAAUUCAGUCAGUUUAUGGGA